CUACUAUAUUUGACAUGACGUGUAACGCAAAAGCCUUUGUUUCAUGGCAAGACUAGUUUUUUUUUAACAAGAAAAGGGAGGUGAAGAAGAAAUAGUUGGGUUGAGCAGAAUAUAGACUGAGAGACAGACAUAUAUCUACAAAAUCUCCUUUCCAUCAGAAAUCCGCCUCAGCAGAUUCCCCAAUCUCUCGUCUUUCCCUCAAGCUAAGAAUAAUCACAUAUUCGAUGAUGCUAUUCUUCUUCUUCUUCUUCUUCUCUUCUAUGCCAACUUGUCUCAUCUCUUUCUUCUUGCCCCCCACCCCCAUUCUUCUUCUCUUCAUGCCAUGCCUUGUUCAACUGCCAAUCAGCCUGCUUUCCCAUAUGAGAGGAAAAAAUCUUCAAAGUUUAUCAGAUGGCUCAGUAAGCUUUUCAAGGGCAAUAGGGGUGGACUAGGAGAGGACAACAUGGCACUCACACCACUGGAGGAUGACUCUUGGGGUAGUAAAGAGAAAGAGGAAGUAGAUCGAUCAAUUGCACGCUCUCUAGCCAAAGAUUCAAAGAGACCAAAUGGACAGAGACCGGUAACUGACAACGAUGCACGAAAUAACCUAAACUCAUCCACAGAACCUCCAUAUUGGGACUACAAUGCCAGAGGUUGUAGGAAAUGUAGUGGCUGCCAGGGGGAUAUUGGUUCUGGCAAUUAUUUGGGAUGCAUGGGAACUUUCUUUCAUCCAGAGUGCUUUCUUUGUCAUGCAUGUGGUUUUCCAAUUACGGAGUACGAGUUUUCUUUGUCAGGGAAUAAUUCUUAUCAUAAGUCAUGCUUCAAGGAACUGACUCAUCCCAAAUGCGAAGUGUGCCACCAAUUUAUCCCAACAAAUGGAGCUGGACUGAUAGAGUAUAGAUGCCACCCGUUUUGGUCUCAGAAAUAUUGUCCUUCCCACGAGAAUGAUGACACUAAAAGGUGUUGUAGCUGUGAACGUCUCGAGUCACGUAAUACAAGAUAUGUAUCACUUGGAGAUGGUCGGAGCUUAUGUCUAGAGUGCAUGGAAUCGGCCAUCGUGGACACUGGGGACUGUCAACAACUUUACCACGCCAUUAGAGAUUUUUAUGAAGGCAUGAAUAUGGCAAUAGAUCAGCAAAUUCCUAUGUUGCUUGUUGAAAGACAAGCCCUUAAUGAAGCCAUUGAAGGGGAGAAGCAUGGUUUCCAUCAUAUGCCUGAAACCAGAGGUCUAUGCCUAUCGGAGGAGCAGACAGUGACCAGUAUACUCAAGAGGUCGAAAAUGGCUGUUCGUGGACUAGUAGGACUCAGAACACAGCCUCAGAAGCUCACUAGAAAAUGUGAAGUUACAGCUAUCCUUGUCUUAUACGGGCUUCCUAGGCAUGCUAAGGGCAGAAGUGGUUACCAUUAUCUUUCGAUGUGCAGAUUACUUACUGGUGCUAUUCUUGCUCACGAACUGAUGCAUGCCUGGUUACGUCUAAAAGGAUUCCGUAAUCUUAGCCCUGAGGUGGAGGAAGGAAUAUGCCAAGUGCUUUCUCAGAUGUGGCUUGAAUCGGAAGUGAUGCCUCGAUCCAGAAAUAUGCCAUCCACAUCCACUGCUUCCUAUUCCAAGAAAGGUGGGAAGUCUGAAGUGGAGAAUAAGUUGGGUGAGUUUUUCAUGCAUCAGAUCACUCAUGAUGCUUCUCCAGCAUAUGGUGCAGGAUUCAGAGCUGCUAAUGCAGCAGCAAAUAAGUAUGGAUUGCGACGUACGUUGGAUCACAUUCGGUUGACAGGGAGUUUUCCUUUGUGAUGAGGCGAUCUGGAUUAGUUUCACCACCCCCACUCCCACGCCCCCCCCCCCCCCCCCACCCCACCUCCGGCCUCCCCCCUCUUCCUUUUUUUUGAGGGGUCUGUUUUGGAUUUCUGAUAAAGUUCUCGGAAUAUGUUAGAAAUUAGGGAGUUUCGCCAUGAAAUAUUAACUAGAAAAAUGUCUUGAAAAUGGGCGUCUGGUGCAUUUGGGACUGCAAGAAAGAUCACAGUUGAAUGCUCCAGGAUCAUUUCCAAUAUUAUUGUGAACGAAAUCCUACUUUAAGCAUUGUACCUCUCACAGUUGUUAUUUUUGGAGUGUGUACUACAGAAGAGUGAAUUAAGUUGUGUUCAUUAGUUUCUCCCUGCAA